AGAACGUAGGUUGAUUUCACUCAGCCAACGGGAAGCCAGGAAGUCCCUGUCAGUGGGUGUGAUUUCUAAGGAGGAAGCCUAACCGAACAAACUAAACCGUUUUAAGAGGAUGGCGGACAAGACUCUGGAUGGAGGUCAGUGGACGGGAUGUGCAGUCAUGUUUCUGCAGUCUCUCUUUCCUGGUGUGAACCUGCUCUCUCUCUACAAAGACCAACAGGAAAAAUUCAACAUUUUUAAAGUCAUCAAGUUGACACUUAUAGAUUCUGCAGGAGGCCUUGGUGGCUAUGAGAUCCUAAAGGUCCAUGACGCUGAGCCCUUCCUGGGGGUGGAGGUGAAAUUUGUGGAUGUGGCAGCAUGUCAGCAGUUCCUGGAGAGCUACAGCUCUGGAGCGGUGCGGCAGUCCCUUUGCCAACACGCCUGCCGGCUUCUCGCUCUUCCUCAGGAGUUCAGUGUGAGAAUCCAGCUGAAAGCCAGCACUCACAUCCUGGAUUUGUGUCUGGAUAAUCUGAAUAUCUGUUUACAGCACAUCCACCUGUCACAGCCCGAGCGCUUGCGCGAUGAAGAGAUUGAUCGACUGGAGCAGCAGCUGCAGAAUCAGGCCCUAGGUCCCACCCACCAGCCCAUCGUAGUCCAGCAGGAGGAGUCUCCUGUCCCUAGCAACUGCUUCAAGUUUCAGAACAGAGUGUUUGAGGACCGAAUGCUCUCACCGGCAGACAUUCAGUGCUUCUCUAACGGAGUGGGCCGCCAGUGGAGGAAUGUAGGGAGGGCCCUGGGGAAGAGCUGUCGUGCGUUGAAGGGCCCGGCUAUAGACAACCUGGCCUACGAGUACGAGAGAGAAGGGCUGUAUGAGCAAGCCUAUCAGCUGCUCAGCCGCUUCAUCCAGGCGGAGGGGAGGGCAGCCAAGCUGAGCCGACUGGUCAGAGCUCUGGAGGACAGCAAACUCACCAGCCUGGCUGAAAACAUUCUGGACAUACAGCCCAGAGAGUAACUCGUGAAAACUGAGGGGACAGGUCCCCUGUGCACGAGGACGGGGGACGCUAACCUGCCUGCUUUUGACAUUCAGUGUGAUUGUUCUUGUCUGUCUUCUUUGUGUUUCAAAUCAUUCUUGUGUGUGUGUGUGUGUGUGUGUGUGUGUGUGUGUGUGUGUGUGUGUGUGUGUGUGUGUGUGUGUGUGUGUGUGUGUGGAUGGUUCAUUCAGAAUUUGUUAAAUCAGUUAUUAGUAUUAUUGUUAGUUGUUUUCUUUUAUUUGAAGUAAUCGGUCAUCACUGUCAAAAGGAUUUGCCGUCGGGCGUUAAAUGCUCUGUGUAAAUGGUUUUCAUCAUGUACCUCUUUUUUUCUGCUCUACAAGUCAUUUUUUAAAUAAAGCCGGUCAGGUCUCGUUUCUAAGGACGACACAGCUGAA